GCUUGAUGGUGAGGUAACAUGGACUGGGAGGGGAAAUCAGAGUUUGGAACUGUGGCACGGGGUCCGGAGUACAAGAGUGCGGAGGUGAAAAGAGCCUUGUUGUGGCCCUAAAGUAAGAGAUUUUAUUAGCAUUGAUUUAUUGACAUGUUUACUUUGCCGAAGGUGUACCUGCGUUUAACUUAAUCCUUGCGUAAAUGUUUGAGCUUGCCGCUCAUACAACAGACUAAUGGGUGAUACUCGCAUGCUCAGACUGCUGUAGACGAUGGAAUUAAUUUCUACAUCUGGUGAAAUCCACACCAGUAAUAGUGAUUUGUAUGCUACUGACAAUGUGUGUGUGUGUGUGUAAUGAAUUAGAAGAUUCAAACAACAACCUAUUAAAUUGCAGGUGCGCAUAGCAUUUUCGGAAUGGACAAGGGGCAGAUAAUGAUCUGACAGUCUCGAUUUUUGGAAAUUGCUCAAGAAUUCCUAUCUACCACCAUACCAGUGGUGGAAAAAUUACCCAAUUGUCAUACUUCAGUAAUACACGUUGAGUUAAAGUCUAAAAGGGUUUGGAUUUAAAUAUACUUAAGUAUCAAAGUAAAUGUAAUUGCUUAAAUAUACUAAAGUAUCGAAAAUAUAUUAAGCAAACCAGACUGCACAAUUGUCUUGUUUUUUAAAUUUAUGGGUAGCCAAGGGCACACUCCAACACUCAGACAUCAUUUGGUUUUAGUGACUGCCAGAUCAGAGGCAGUAGGGACGACCAGGGAUGUUCUCUUGAUAAGUGCAUGAAUUGGACGAUUUUCCAAUAGGGUCCAGCUGCGAUGUCUUCCCUCAGGGUGUCUAUGCUUCCGCCUACUGAUAUGUCAUCUCUCAGUGCAGUGCAUCGCUUAGGAAAAGUGGGGGUGUCGAAAGGAACCAUAUAAGGAGAAGUGGGGGUUUCGAAAGGAACCAUAUAAGGAGAAGUGGGGAUUUUGAAAGGAACCAUAUAAGGAGAAGUGUGGCUUCAAAGGAGUCUUUUAACACUAGAAGCGCUGGAAUUCCAUUACUACUAGAACCGCCAUGACUUGAUAUUACAAUUAUUAUUAUUUCAAAUAUUCAACAUUAAAUAAUACAUUGCACAAUUAAUGCAUGUUUUAUAAGUUAAGGUAUCUAACGUUAGCUAGCGUUUACAUUUACGAAAAACGUAAUGUUACAUACAUGGCUACCAGUAGGUAACGUUCAAAGACCUGCUCACAAUGAGUGAAUAUACUUUUUUUUUUUUUGCAUAACUGAAAUUCCUUACUGUUGUCUCAACAGACCAUGACUGAUGUCUUGAGUGGCACCUUUCGAAACCCCCACUUCUCCUUAUAUGGUUCCUUUCGAAACGUCCACUCCUUUCGAAACCCCCACUUUUCCUGAGAGAUGACAUAUCAGUAGGUGGCAGCAUACAGACCCUGAGGGAUGACUGCUCUGAGAGAUGAUGUUGCAGCUGGACCCCUCCAAUUUUCCCCGCCUGCUAAGCAUUCAAAAUGUAACGAGUACUUUUGGGUGUGAGGACAAAAUGUAUGGAGUAAAAUGUACUGUAUAUGUAGUGAAGUAAAAGUACUUAAGUAGUACUUUAAAGUAUUUUUACUUAAGUACUUUACACCAUUGCACCAAACAUACCUGUUUCUUACUUAAAAUGAAAAGGUUUGAGUUGUUCACAGCUCCUUUUAUCACUACUACCUGGCUACAAAAGCAUUUUAUUCCCAUGGGGAAAAUAACACUACCAAACAGUGCAUAUGACGCAUCAUUCACAUGUGUAAUGUUGAUGCUGCUGGGUGCUGUAAUGCUCUCUGCUAUAUUCUGAUCCUGCAGAACUCAGGGGAACUCCUCCAGAAACAGCAGGAUAAAGAAGUAGGCCAAUUUAGGAGUGAGAAGGAUGGGUGAGACACCGGUCAGGGAUGAUGGCACAGUUACAAGGUCAGCUGAGGUAAGCUAUAUCCACUGACAGAGCAAAACACAUCUUUCUCCCCAUAUAGAAUUUGGUUACUACACUGAACAAAACUAUAAACACAACAUAUAAAGUGUUGGUCCCAUGUUUUAUGAGCUGAAAUAUAAUAUCCCAGAAAUGUUCCAUACACACAAAAUGCACAUUAGUUUACAUUUACAUUUUACAUUUUAGUCAUUUAGCAGACGCUCUUAUCCAGAGCGACUUACAGUUAGUGAGUGCAUACAUUUUUCAUACAUUUCAUACAUCCCUGUUAGUGAGCAUUUCUCCUUUGCAAAAAUAAUUCAUCCACCUGACAGGAAGCUGAUUAUACAGCAUGAUCAUUACACAGGUGCACCUUGUGCUGGGGACAAUAAAAGGCCACUCUAAAAUGUGCAGUUUUGUCACAUAACACAAUGCCACAGAUGUCUCAAGUUUUGAGGGAGCAUGCAAUUGGCAUACUGACUGCAGGAAUGUCCACCAGAGCUGUUGCCAGAUAAUUUAAUGUUCAUUUCUGUACCAUAAGCCGCCUCCAACAUCGUUUUAGAGAAUUUGGCAGUACGUCCAACCAGCCUCACAACAGCAGCCCACGUGUAUGGUGUUGUGUGGGCGAGCGUUUUGCUGAAGUCAACAUUGUGAACAGAGUGGUAUGGGCAGGCAUAAGCUACGGACAACGAACACAAUUGCAUUUAAUCGAUGGCAAUUUGAAUGCACAGAGAUACCGUGAUGAGAUCCUGAGGCCCAUUGUCGUGCCAUUCAUCCGCUGCCAUCACCUCAUGUUUCAGCAUGAUAAUGCACUGCCACAUGUCGCAUGGAUCUGUACACAAUUCCUGGAAGCUGAAAAUGUCCCAGUUCUUCCAUGGCCUGCAUACUCACCAGACAUGUCACCCAUUGAGCAUAUUUGGGAUGCUCUGGAUCGACGUGUAUGACAGCCUGUUCCAGUUCCCGGCAAUAUCCAGCAACUUCUCACAGCCAUUGAAGAGGAGUGGGACAACAUUACACAAUUAACUGCCUGAUCAAGUAUAUGCGAAGGAGAUGUCACACCAUAUACAGUGGGGGGAAAAAGUAUUUAGUCAGCCACCAAUUGUGCAAGUUCUCCCACUUAAAAAGAUGAGAGAGGCCUGUAAUUUUCAUCAUAGGUACAUGUCAACUAUGACAGACAAAUUGAGAAAAAAAAAUCCAGAAAAUCAUAUUGUAGGAUUUUUAAUGAAUUUAUUUGCAAAUUAUGGUGGAAAAUAAGUAUUUGGUCACCUACAAACAAGCAAGAUUUCUGGCUCUCACAGACCUGUAACUUCUUCUUUAAGAGGCUCCUCUGUCCUCCACUCUUUACCUGUAUUAAUGGCACCUGUUUGAACUUGUUAUCAGUAUAAAAGACACCUGUCCACAACCUCAAACAGUCACACUCCAAACUCCACUAUGGCCAAGACCAAAGAUCUGUCAAAGGACACCAGAAACAAAAUUGUAGACCUGCACCAGGCUGGGAAGACUGAAUCUGCAAUAGGUAAGCAGCUUGGUUUGAAGAAAUCAACUGUGGGAGCAAUUAUUAGGAAAUGGAAGACAUACAAGACCACUGAUAAUCUCCCUCGAUCUGGGGCUCCACGCAAGAUCUCACCCCGUGGGGUCAAAAUGAUCACAAGAACGGUGAGCAAAAAUCCCAGAACCACACGGGGGGACCUAGUGAAUGACCUGCAGAGAGCUGGGACCAAAGUAAAAAAGCCUACCAUCAGUAACACACUACGCCGCCAGGGACUCAAAUCCUGCAGUGCCAGACGUGUCCCCCUGCUUAAGCCAGUACAUGUCCAGGCCCGUCUGAAGUUUGCUAGAGUGCAUUUGGAUGAUCCAGAAGAGGAUUGGGAGAAUGUCAUAUGGUCAGAUGAAACCAAAAUAUAACUUUUUGGUAAAAACUCAACUCGUCGUGUUUGGAGGACAAAGAAUGCUGAGUUCAUCCAAAGAACACCAUACCUACUGUGAAGCAUGGGGGUGGAAACAUCAUGCUUUGGGGCUGUUUUUCUGCAAAGGGACCAGGACGACUGAUCCGUGUAAAGGAAAGAAUGAAUGGGGCCAUGUAUCGUGAGAUUUUGAGUGAAAACCUCCUUCCAUCAGCAAGGGCAUUGAAGAUGAAAUGUGGCUGGGUCUUUCAGCAUGACAAUGAUCCCAAACACACCGCCCGGGCAACGAAGGAGUGGCUUCGUAAGAAGCAUUUCAAGGUCCUGGAGUGGCCUAGCCAGUCUCCAGAUCUCAACCCCAUAGAAAAUCUUUGGAGGGAGUUGAAAGUCUGUGUUGCCCAGCGACAGCCCCAAAACAUCACUGCUCUAGAGGAGAUCUGCAUGGAGGAAUGGGCCAAAAUACCAGCAACAGUGUGUGAAAACCUUGUGAAGACUUACAGAAAACGUUUGACCUGUGUCAUUGCCAACAAAGGGUAUAUAACAAAGUAUUGAGAAACUUUUGUUAUUGACCAAAUACUUAUUUUCCACCAUAAUAUGCAAAUAAAUUCAUUAAAAAUCCUACAAUGUGAUUUUCUGGAAUUUCUUUUUUCAUUUUGUCUGUCAUAGUUGACGUGUACCUAUGAUGAAAAUUACAGGCCUCUCUCAUCUUUUUAAGUGGGAGAACUUGCACAAUUGGUGGCUGACUAAAUACUUUUUUCCCCCACUGUACUGACUGGUUUUCUGAUCCACGCCCCUACCUUUAAAAAAAAAGUUUAGUUCAGUAUAUUAGUUUGAAGAAAAAAAAGUGCGUCCUAAAAGGAUGAAAUCUGAGUGGACUCUACUUCCCUUAUAAUCUGCACCUUUUAAGGCUUUGUUAAUUGGUUAUAUUACGUGUCUAUCUAUAAUCAAAAAUUGAUAGUAUGUGUAACAUAGUCUUUCUUGUUUAUAUAGUAUGUUGGCUCUUUUCACGUGGACGACUGCUGUUUGGACGAUCAGAUGCAGCAGUUGCACACACAGCUCAAGUCUCUCAAAGUAGGUGCUGGUAAUGAAAGGUUAGAAAGCAGCAGCAGUACAUUAAAGCAAGUUUUGACUGUUCACAACUUAUUAUGGUGGAGAUAUGGAAUUUCUAGACAGCCCAAAGUCAAAGAAGUCAGAAACGAAAAGUGUUGCCUGAGUUGUUGAAAUUUCUUUUUCACAGACAUGUAAGAAAAGGAGGUCUGUGUCCCUGAAAUUUUCCAUCAAAGGGGUGAAGGUGUAUGAUGAAGAUGAGACGGUAAGAGUUUAACUUCCCCGUCUUAAAAGUCAACAUAAUUGUUUUCCUUUUGUGAAUUACUUUCCUCUUCCUUGUCUAUAGACCCUCCUCAUGGCCCAUGCUCUACGAAGGGUCUCCCUUUCCACUGCCCGCCCCUCGGACGGCCAGUUCGCCUUUGUUUCCCACAACCCAGGCAGCCCCGAUGCCCAGCUAUACUGCCACCUUUUCAAGGCUAGGCAUGCCAGAGCAGUAAGAACCUCCAUUGGAUCUUUAUCUCUCAAGAUGAUUACAACAGAAUCCCUCUGUGUGUCUGUUAAGCUGCAGUUUCUUGUGUCUGAUUUGUCUCUCUGUGGGUAUGUUGUUUUCUCCCAGGCCCAGUUCCUGAACCUGUUGCUGUGCCGCUGUUUCCAGCUGUCCUACCUGGAGAAGCACCCAGAGGAGGCACAGGAUGAGUCUGUCGGCCCACUGCCUAGCCGUGCCCCCUCCCUCCUCAACCAGGGCUUCCCUCUCAGUGUCAGUGCCCUUGUGUCGUUCCGAAGGGCCCCCACUCAGGGCUUACUCCCAGGGGAAAAGGUCAGGACAAACCUGUGUUUGUGUUUUAACUGAAUUAUGAAAGCAUUAUUUCACUGUGCCAUUUUUAUUUUAUUUGCUGAGCCCUGUACAUUGUGCUGGCCUAGCAGUUGACCAGUUAACACUUUCUAUGGGUCUUUAUUGUAGGUCUUCCCAUUGAAGAACAACAGAACAACUGAGGAACAACUGAGCAGCCAAGAGGAGGUCUUCACCUCCUCUCCUUCCCUGGUGCGUAAGAGAGCCAUCCGCAACAAAGUUCUGCGCUCAGGGGCCUAUCGCUCCUUCACUUACAGCCCUCACAAACAACGCCACCUCCAGGAUCUACUAAACUCUCCACAAGGUGGGCCAAGUGUGCAGAGAGCACUUUCAAGAGUGAAACAGUUCAUUAGGUAAUGUUGAAAUAUUUCCCUAGAGGGACCUCUUGGAAUGUGAUCAUCACAAGAUGCUAAGGAAUCUCUCAUCAUGUGUGUGAAACAGGAAAGGGGCAGGACAAAAUGCCAGUGAGGAGAGCCCGGGCCCCGAGCCUUGCUGAAACAGAAGAAGCUCUGGCUCAAGCAGUGUGGUGUUGGGCUGGCAUCACCACGUGAGUUCUCGCUCUUGCAUUUACCUCACUCAUACUGAUGCCAGACCAGUUCCUAGUGUGUUUUAUGGUGUGUUCACUUGACAGUGUGUAAAGUACUUAAGUAAAAAUACUGUAAAGUACUACUUAAGUAGUUUUUUGGGGUAUCUGUGCUUUACUUUACUAUUUAUAUUAUUGCCAACUUUUACUUCACUACAUUCCUAAAGGAAAUAAUGUACUUUUUACUCCAUACAUUUUCCCUGACACCCAAAAGUAUGCAUUAUAUUUUGACAGGAAAAUGGUCUAAUUACCGCACUUAUCAAGAGAACAUCCAUGGUCAUCCCUACUGCCUCUGAUCUGGCGGACUCACUAAACAGAAAUGCUUUGUUUGUAAAUUAUGUCUGAGUGUUGGAGUGUGCCCCUGGCUAUCUGUAAAUUAAAAAAAAUGGGCCUUCUGGUUUGCUUAAUUUAAGGUAUUUGAAAUGAUUUAUACUUUUACUUUUGAUACCUACAGUUGAAGUCGGAAGUUUACAUACACCUUAGCCAAAUACAUUUAAACUCAGUUUUUCACAAUUCCUGACAUUUAAUCCUAGUAAAAAUUCCCUGUUUUAGGUCAGUUAGGAUCACAACUUUAUUUUAAGAAUGUGAAAUGUCAGAAUAAUAGUAGAGAAUGAUUUAUUUAAGCUUUCAUCACAUUCCCAGUGGGUCAGGAGUUUACGCACACUCAAUUAGUAUUUGGUAGCAUUGCCUUUAAAUUGUUUAACUUGGGUCAAACGUUUCGGGUAGCCUUCCACAAGCUUCCCACAAUAAGUUGGGUGAAUUUUGGCCCAUUCCUCCUGACAGAGCUGAUGUAACUGAGUCAGGUUUGUAGGCCUCCUUGCUCGCACACGCUUUUUCAGUUCUGGCCACACAUUUUCUAUAGGAUUGAGGUCAGGGCUUUGUGAUGGCCACUCCAAUACCUUGACUUUGUUGUCCUUAAGCCAUUUUGCCACAACUUUGGAAGUAUGCUUGGGGUCAUUGUCCAUUUGGAAGACCCAUUUGCGACCAAGCUUUAACUUCCUGACUGAUGUCUUGAGAUGUUGCUUCAAUAAAUCCACAUAAUUAUCCUUCCUCAUGAUGCCAUCUAUUUUGUGAAGUGCACCAGUCCCUCCUGCAGCAAAGCACCCCCACAGCAUGAUGCUGCCACCCCCGUGCUUCACGGUUGGGAUGGUGUUCUUCGGCUUGCAAGCCAUCCCCUUUUUCCUCCAAACAUAACGAUGGUCAUUAUGGCCAAACAGUUCUAUUUUUGUUUCAUCAGACCAGAGGACAUUUCUCCAAGAAGUACGAUCUUUGUCCCCAUGUGCAGUUGCAAGCCGUAGUCUGGCUUUUUUAUGGCGGUUUUGAAGCAGUGGCUUCUUCCUUGCUGAGCGUCCUUUCAGGUUAUGUCGAUAUAUGACUUGUUUUACUGUGGAUAUAGAUACUUUUGUACCUGUUUCCUCCAGCAUCUUCACAAGGUCCUUUGCUGUUGUUCUGGGAUUGAUUUGCACUUUUCGCACCAAAGUACAUUCAUCUCUAGGAGACAGAACGCGUCUCCUUCCUGAGCGGUAUGACGGCUGCGUGGUCCCAUGGUGUUUAUACUUGCGCACUAUUGUUUGUACAGAUGAACGUGGUACCUUCAGGCAUUUGAAAAUUGCUCCCAAGGAUGAACCAGACUUGUGGAGGUCUACAAUUGUUUUUCUGAGGUCUUGGCUGAUUUAUUUUGAUUUUCCCAUGAUGUCAAGCAAAGAGGCACUGAGUUUGAAGGUAGGCCUUGAAAUACAUCCACAGGUAUACCUCCAAUUGACUCAAAUGAUGUCAAUUAGCCUAUCAGAAGCUUCUAAAGCCAUGACAUAAUUUUCCUGAAUUUUCCAAGCUGUUUAAAGGCACAGUCAACUUAGUGUAUGUAAACUUCUGACCCACUGGAAUUGUGAUACAGUGAAACAUAAGUGAAAUAAUCUGUCUGUAAACAAUUGUUGGAAAAAUUACUUGUGUCAUGCACAAAAUAGAUGUCCUAACCAACUUGCCAAAACUAUAGUUUGUUAACGAGAAAUGUGUGGAGUGGUUGAAAAACGAGUUUUAAUGACGCAAUUCCAUUUACUUUUGAAACGUAAGUAUAUUUAAAACCAAAUACAUUUAGACUUUUACGUAAGUAGUAUUUUACUGGGUGACUUUCACUUUUACUUGAGUCAAUUUUACUCAAGUAUGACAAUUGAGUACUUUUUCCACCACUGUCGCUUGAUGAGAACUCAUCUGAACUGUCAGUGGUCUCUAAAUCCUUAUUAUGUGUUGCAGUGACAGCAGCUCCUCCCUGCUUGCAGAGGAUGUCCUGGGGUCAUACCUGUUAUGCCCCAAUCCUAAGAGACCUGGCUGUGGCUCUCUCAUAAUUCGUUUCUCUUCUGGACUGGUCACCCACCUAGUAGACAACACCUCCAAUGGGAAAUACCUGCUUGAGGUGAGCGGUCUUGUCAAUUAUUCAUAUUUGUCUUGCUUUUAAGUGUAAUGUCUUUUCCACUAGCAAUGUAGUAAUUAGUAUUUUUAUGUUUUUAUACUAGAACUGCCACAUAGAAUUUAGCACCAUUGCUGCCUUGAUAGACUACUACACAGAUAUCAAGGGGGAGCUUGACUGUCCGCUGAGUUGUGCCCGUGUGAACCACUGCUAUGAGUGGGAGGAGAACGUUGGUAAGGCACUGCCUUUAGCCCUACACCAAGGCCUCAAAAGAAAGAAUGCAAAAUAUACCCAGAGGAAACAAUGGGUUUAAAAGCCAUUUCUGAUCAUUGGAUUAAUCGAUGUAUCCCAUUCUCAAAGAGACACUGACCAUAUGUUACACUGACAUCUUCUUAAAUAUAGUAUCAUUUAUUCACUUGCAUGCUUCACGUUUGUUAUUGUUUUCAGAUUUCUGAUAGAAACACAACUCUAACUAUCACAUUUACCUCCAGCAGGUGAAUUGUGAUAAGUAGAGUAACAUUUUGGCACAGCCUCUGGGAUGUAGGCUUGUUUUAAUGUCAAAAAGCUAUGUAUGUUUGAGUAUAUUCUUCUGUGUUUUAGCUGCACCUACUUCACCUACGUUUUGAAUUAUAUUAUUUUAAUACGUUUCAAUUAUAUUAUUUUAAAACGUAGGAAUAUGGUGUGUGUGCUAUAGACUAUAUAGGGACUUUUUUAUAUAGAUUUUGCAGACUAAGGUUUUUUUUGUACAUUAAGACUCUGCCUCAUGUUAAGCUGUCUUUCUGAAUGUGUGUUUUUCACAGCCAUCUUUUUAAGGUGUUCUGUGAGAACUAGCAGUAUUUCUUCAUUUUGAUUACAGAGAAAUGUACUUGCUGAACACAAGUGUAUUGUUGUGUUUUAUAAUUGUAUGCAUUCCCAUAUUGUAUACUGUAUACAUAUGCAUAAAUGAACACAUAUUUAUAUGAACUUGAUCUAAGUCUGUUUGUGUAGUAAAAAAAUAUAAUGGACUUUGGAACGAUUGGAAGAUUCUUCUUGGCACUUUAUAACAUGACGUGGUUUAUCACAGAAGUUUAUGGUUGCCUAGCAACUUGGAACACCGUGGGAAGACAGACAUACAGACAGAGCGACAGAUCUGAUGGUCUUUGCUUAGCCUUUUGUUUUGUUUAUGUGCACGGAUUGUAUUCAUUGAAGGACAUGUCAUCUGCCAAUCCUAAAUGUUUAAGCAAUUGAUGUGACGGAAGGGAUUCCAACCGAUAAGUGGUCUGAUAUGUUAGCUAACGUCAGUAAUGUUACAGGUUGUGCUUGCUUUGAUACUUGGUCAAUGUGAAAUAGCUAGCUUAGUUAGCUACUAGCUAUCUGGCUAUCAUGCUGAUUUGCUAUCCUGCUUCUGUGACCAGAUCAACAGGUUAACGUUAGACUUUGUUAUUCUGAUCAGAUCAGUAGUAUGUCAGCUGGAAUGAUGACGUCUGUCAUAGCUGCUAGAAAGAUUAAUUGUUUAGCUACAAAUGUAAUCUAAGCUAUUAAUUUUUUCUUGCCACUAGCUUGCACAAUGCCUGAAAUGGAUUCAACAACUGAUGAUUGAUAUUGACAUUAGUAGCCAAUGAUAUCAAUGAUUAUAUUGACUUUUGUAGCCAAUAUCAAGAGAUCAUUCUUAUAGACAAACAUUGUUGUCAGACUUUGCCUUGCUAGCUUGUCACCAGUGUUUGCCUGAUAUCAGACAUCCCAAGAAGACCGAGGCAAAAAUGGUUUCAGAGUCAGUGAAGGUAGUGGUCAGGUGUCGGCCGAUGAAUGAGAGGGAGCAAAUCCUGAAUUGUAAGAUGGUAGUAUCAGUAGAGAUGAGUAGGUGUCAGUGUUUGAUCAAGAAGCCAGGGGCGAAGGAGGAGCCACCAAAACAAUUCACCUUUGAUGGAACCUACUUCAUUGACCAAACCACUGAGCAGAUGUACAACGAGAUCGCCUACCCUUUGGUUGAGGUAGGCCUACAAUAAAUCCUACUACAUUUUCACAACUUGCUUUUGGUGGAUUUCAUGCAGCAGCACCAGCUCUUGGGUUAUUGGACACCUCCAGUAGAGAUCUGAAACUAAAUACAUGUAACAGUUAGGAAAACAAGUGUGCCACUGCCACCUAAGCUAUAUCCCCUUGCUAAUGCAAUAAUUGCAACAUUUAGAGAAGAGGCUGCCAUCAAUCUACUGCUGAAGUUAAUUGUAAGCAUACAGGCCUAUAGCUUAAAACAUGUUCUACAAGCAUGUCAAUUUGUCUUUGCACUGUAAAUUGAUAAUGUGAUAGCUGAUGCAAAUAGCUGAUGCAAACAGACUGUUCUUUCUACCAACAGGGGGUGACUGAAGGGUACAAUGGAACAAUUUUUGCAUAUGGCCAGACUGGAAGUGGCAAGUCCUUCACCAUGCAGGGUGUGUCUGAGCCAGCAGCCCAGAGAGGGGUCAUCCCAAGGGCCUUUGAACACAUCUUCGAGAGCAUUCAGGUACAGUCUUCACCUUCAAUAUUGUGCUGCCACCAAGGAUAAGUUGGUGGGGAUCAUUAUUUCAGAAGUGCUGUGGUUGUAAAAGCUGGCCUCAGACAAGGCCUUUGUAUGACUGGCAGGGCCUAUUUGAGUGGCCAGGUUGUAAUACUGUAGGUCACAUGAAUGUGCUUCAUUAUCAAGUGUUUCCUCUUAAGAAUAGGUUCUUAUUCAUUAGUUGUCUUCUGUGUAAGAUAGUGUGCAGAAAAUACAAAGUUCCUGGUGAGGGCUUCCUACUUAGAGAUCUACAAUGAAGAAAUCCGAGACCUUUUGGGAAAUGACACCAAACAGAAAAUGGAGGUAAGAAACCAUAGUACCAGAAUAUUAGAGGGGGAUUAAUAUUUUAAGUACUGCACAUUUAUAUUUCUGACAUAGAGAUUGUUUCUUGCCAUGGGAUUAUAGGAAAGGAACAACUUCAUUGUGCGGUGGGCAUUUGUAUUUCCGGCACAAUGGUUGUUACCUUGGCGACUUAAGAAUAGGACAGGGGAGUGUGUGCCUGUUUGUGAGUUUGUUAAGGUGUCCUCAUAUGAUGACAGGUUUGUUGUUUGUGUGCGUGUGCUUGUUGGCGGAUGUCAGCUGAAGGAGCACCCAGAGCAUGGUGUAUAUGUGCGAGAUCUCUCCUUGCACACAGUGCACAGCGUGGGGGAGUGUGAGCACAUUAUGGUUCAGGGCUGGGGGAAUCGAUCUGUGGGCUACACCCUGAUGAACAAGGACUCCUCCCGCUCCCACUCCAUCUUUACCAUCCACAUGGAGAUCUGCAACACAGGUGAGAUCACCCCUCUGUCUGUGCACCACCACCACACACAAAUUCAGUCAUUCACAACCCGCCUCUACAGAUGAGUCACUAAUACACCCAUUUUCAAUGAGUAAAACAGAAACUAGUGAGUAGGCUGGAAUGUUGAGUCAUAUUUCUAUCUCUCCCAUGGAACUUAAACAGCCCUAUCAGCUGCAGAAAUAACCUCAAACCCCAUAUACAGUGCCUUCAGAAAGUAUUCACGCCCCUUGACUUUUUCCACAUUUUGUUGUUAUAGCCUGAAUUUAAAAUGGAUUAAAUUGAGAUGUUUUGGUCACUGGCCUACACAAAAUACCCCAUAAUGUCAUUGUGGAAUUAUUUCCCCCCUGAAAUUUUUACAAAUGAAUUAAAAAUGAAAAGCUGAAAUGUCUUGAGUUUUCAACCUCUUUAUUAUGGCAAGCCAAAAUAUGUUAAGCAGUAAAACAUUUCUUAACAAGUCACAAAAUAAGUGUGCAAUAAUAGUGUUUAACAUGAUUUUGCUGUGCCCCACACAUACAAUUAUCUGUAAGGUCCCUCAGUCGAGCAGUUAAUUUCAAACACAGAUUCAACCACAAAGACCAGGGAGGUUUUCCAAUGCCUCGCAAAGAAGGGUACCUAUUGGUAGCUGACAUUGAAUAUCCCUUUAAGCAUGGUGAAGCUAUUAAUUACACUUUGGAUGGUGUAUCAAUACACCCAGUCACUACAAAGAUACAGGUGUCCUUUCUAACUCAGUUGCCGGAAAGGAAGAAAACCUCUCAGGGAUUUCACAAUGAGGCCAAUGGUGACUUUAAAACUAUUACAGAGUUUAAUGGCUGUGAUAGGAGAACUGAGGAUGGCUCAACAACAUUGUAGUUACUCCACAAUACUAACCUAAUUGACAGAGUGAAAAGAUGGAAGCCUGUAUAGAAUGCAAAUAUUCCAAAACAUGCAUCCUGUUUGCAACAAGGCACUAAAAUAAUACUGCAGGACUUUUUUUUCCUGAAUACAUAAGGGAUAGUCAACGAGGGGCUAUCGAUGCGUUCUAUGGAAAAUAAUGAACGACGUGGAGUGGAACUGACCUUCAACUGAGUUGCAUUCUUUUCCAGAGAACGCAUAGAGCCUCGAGUUGAUUAUCCCUUUUAUACCAUGGCUAUAAUUUAACACAUUUGCCACUAGAAAUGUGUUCAACAUCCACUGACGUAGCUAGCAGGUUUACUAGAUAGCUACAGUACUAGUUGCCAUGGUAACAUAACAAACAGACUUGCUAGUUUAGCUAACCAAACAAUCAGUCCUAGCUUGCUAUUAUGAAAAUCGAAUUCAACAAUACCAAUAUUGUUUUCAAUUCAACUUUUGCUUUCAAAAGCAGCUCAAACAAAACAUGUAAAAAUGAACUAUAGCUAUUGAAUUUUACCAUGUGUUAUAGGGAAAUAAUGCAUGCUCUAGAAUGACUUUUUUGUUGUUGUCAUUUAGCAGACGCUCUUAUCCAGAGUGACUUACAAUUAGUGAGUGCAUACAUUUUUCAUACUGGCCCCUCAUGGGAAUGCCCUUCAAGCUAAUCAGAAAGGAGUAUUCAACAAUGCCAUGGUAUAAAGUGUUAUGUUUGGGGCAAUUCCAAUACAACACAUUACUGAGUACCACUCUCCAUAUUUUCAAGCAAAGUGGUGGCUGCAUCAUGUUAUGGGUAUGCUUGUAAUCGUUAAGGACUGGGGAGUUUUUCAGAAUAAAAACGGAAUGGAGCUAAGCACAGGCAAAAUCGUAGAGGAAAACCUGGUUCAGUCUGCUUUCCACCAGACUCUCAGAGAUUAAUUCACCUUUCAGCAGGACAAUAACCUAAAACACAAGGCCAAAUCUACACUGGAAUUGCUUACCAAGAAGACAGUGAAUGUUCCUGAGUGGCCGAUUUACAGUUUUGACUUAAAUCUACUUGAAGAUCUAUGGCAAGACGUGAAAAUGGUUAUCUAGCAAUGAUCAACAACCAAUUUGACAUGUUUUCACUUUGUCAUUAUGGGGUAUUGUGUGUAGAUCGGUGAGGAAAAACUAUCUAUUUAAUCAAUUUUUAUUGAUUAACAAAAUGUGGAAUAAGUUGAGGGGUAUGAAUACUUUCUGAAGGCACAGUUUUAGGUACACCACCGAGUUCAUGAAAAUGGAUUGCUCCUACAGACAGUGAGUCACGUGGCUGUGGCUUUUUAUAUAAAGCAGGCAGACGGGCAUCGAGGCAUUCAGUUACUGCUCGAUUGAACGUUAGAAUGGGCAAAACGAGUGACCUAAGCGACUUUGAGCGUGGUAUGAUCGUUGUUGCCAGACGCACUGGUUCCAGUAUCUCAGAAACGGCCGCCCUCCUGGGCUUUUCACGCACAACAGUGUCUAGGGUUUACCAAGAAAGGUGCGACAAGCAAAAAAAACAUUUAGUCAGUGGCAGUCCUGUGGGUGAAAACGGAUCGUUGAUGAGCGGGGUCGAAGGAGAAUGGCAAAAAUCGUGCAAGCUAACAGGCAGACCACAAACGGACAAAUAACAGUGCAGUACAACAGUUGUCUGCAGAACAGCAUCUCGGAACGUGCAACUCGUCGAUCCUUGUCAAGGAUGGGCUAUUGCAGCAGACGACCACACGGUUCCACUCCUAUCAGCUAAAAACAAGAAGCGGCUCCAGUGUGCACGCGAUCACAAACACUGGACAGUUGAGUGGAAAAACAUUGCCUGGAACAUGACAGCGAGUUCAGUUUACUUGAGUGGCCUUCGCAGCCCCCAGACCUCAACCCAAUAGAGAAUCUGGAACGGGCUGUUUGCUGCGUGAAUGAACUGCUGUCCUGCAGCAACUGCGUGAUGCCAUCGCGUCAGCAUGGACCAACAUCCCUGUGGAAUGUUUCUGACACCUUGUAGAUACUAGAUCGGUGUACCUAAUAACCUGUUUUCGCUUUGUCAUUAUGGGGUAUUGUGUAUAGAUUGCUGAGGAUUUGUAUUUAUUUAAUCAAUUUUAGAAUAAGGCUGUAACGUAACAAAAUGUGGAAAAAGUCAAGGGGUCUGAAUACUUUCCGAAGGCACUGUGUGUGUGUGUGUGUGUGUGUACAUACAUAUAUAAACACACAGUGCCUUCGGAAAGUAUUCAGACCCCUUGACUUUUUCCACAUUUUGUUACGUUACAGCCUUAUUCUGAAAUUGAUUAAAUAAAUACAAAUCCUCAGCAAUAUAUAUUUACAGUUGAAGUCUGAAGUUUACAUACACUUAGGUUGGAGUCAUUAAAACUCGUUUUUCAACCACUCCACACAUUUCUUGUUAACAAACUAUAGUUUUGGCAAGUCGGUUAGGACAUCUACUUUGUGCAUGACACAAGUAAUCUUUCCAACAAUUGUUUACAGACAGAUUAUUUCACUUAAUCACAAUUCCAGUGGGUCAGAAGUUUAAAUACACUAAGUUGACUGUGCCUUUAAACAGCUUGGAAAAUUCAGGAAAAUUAUGUCAUGGCUUUAGAAGCUUCUGAUAGGACAUCAUUUGAGUAAAUUGGAGGUGUACCUGUCGAUGUAUUUCAAGGCCUACCUUCAAACUCAGUGCCUCUUUGCUUGACAUCAUGGGAAAAUCUAAAGAAAUCAGCCAAGACCUCAGAAAAAUCAUUGUAUGCCUCCAAAAGUCUGGUUCAUCCUUGGGAGCAAUUUCCAAAUGCCUGAAGGUACCACGUUCAUCUGUACAAACAAUAGUACGCAAGUAUAAACACCAUGGGAUCACGCAGCCGUCAUACUGCUCAGGAAGGAGGCGCGUUCUGUCUCCUAGAGAUGAACGUACUUUGGUGCGAAAAGUGCAAAUCAAUCCUAGAACAACAGCAAAGGACCGUGUGAAGAUGCUGGAGGAAACAGGUACAAAAGUAUCUAUAUCCACAGUAAAACGAGUCCUAUAUUGACAUAACCUGAAAGGCCGCUCAGCAAGGAAGAAGCCACUGCUCCAAAACCGCCAUAAAAAAGCCAGACUACGGUUUGCAACUGCACAUGGGGACAAAGAUCGUACUUUUUGGAGAAAUGUCAUCUGGUCUGAUGAAACAAAAAUAGAACUGUUUGGCCGUUAUGACCAUCGUUAUGUUUGGAGGAAAAAGGGGGAACUUGCAAGCCGAAGAACACCAUCCCAACCGUGAAGCACGGGCAUUACAACCUGUAAUUUAAAUAGAUUUUUAUUUGGAUUUCAUGUAAUGGACAUACACAAAAUAGUCAAAAUUGGUGAAGUGAAAUGAAAAAAAUAACUUGUUUCAAAAGAUUCUAAAACAAUAAAUAACGGAAAAGUGGUGCAUGCAUAUGUAUUCAUCCCCUUUGCUAUGAAGCCCCUAAAUAAGAUCUGGUGCAACCAAUUACCUUCAGAAGUCACAUAAUUAGUUAAAUAAAGUCCACCUGUGUGCAAUCUAAGUGUCACAUGAUCUGUCUCAUGAUCUCAGUGUAUAUAUACACCUGUUCUGAAAGGCCCUAGAGUCUGCAACACCACUAAUCAAGGGGCACCACCAAGCAAGCGGCACCAUGAAGACCAAGGAGCUCUCCAAACAGGUCAGGGACAAAGUUGUGGAGAAGUACAGAUCAGGGUUGAGUUAUAAGAAAAUAUCAGAAACUUUAAACAUCCCACGGAGCACCAUUUAAAUCCAUUAUUAAAAAAUUGAAAGAAUAUGGCACCACAACAAACCUGCCAAGAGAAGGCCGCCCACCAAAACUCACAGACCAGGCAAGGAGAGCAUUCAUCAGAGGCAACAAAGAGAUCAAAGAUAACCCUGAAGGAGCUGCAAAGCUCCACAGCGGAGAUUGGAGUAUCUGUCCAUAGGACCACUUUAAGCCGUACACUCCACAGAGCUGGGCUUUACAGAAGAGUGGCCAGAAAAAAAACAUUGCUUAAAGAAAAAAAAUAAGCAAACACGUUUGGUGUUCACCAAAAGGCAUGUGAGAGACUCCCCAAACAUAUGGAAGAAGGUGCUCUGGUCAGAUGAGACUAAAAUUGAGCUUUUUGGCCAUCAAGGAAAACGCUAUGUCUGGCGCAAAUCCAACACGUCUCAUCACCCCGAGAACACCAUCCCAACAGUGAAGCAUGGUGGUGGCAGCAUCAUGCUGUGGGGAUGUUUUUCAUCAGCAGGGACUGAUAAACUGGUCAGAAUUGAUGGAAUGAUGGCGCUAAAUACAGGGAAAUUCUUGAGGGAAACCUGUUUGUCUUCCAGAGAUUUGAGACUGGGACGGAGGUUCACCUUCCAGCAGGACAAUGACCCUAAGCAUACUGCUAAAGCAACACUCGAGUGGUUUAAGGGGAAACAUUUAAAUGUCUUGGAAAGCCUAGUCAAAGCCCAGACCUCAAUCCAAUUGAGAAUCUGUGGUAUGACUUAAAGAUUGCUGUACACCAGCGGAACCCAUCCAACUUGAAGAAGCUGGAGCAGUUUUGCCUUGAAGAAUGGUUAAAAAUCACUGCGGCUAGAUGUGCCAAGCUUAUAGAGACAUACCCCAAGAGACUUGCAGCUGUAAUUGCUGCAAAAGGUGGCUCUACAAAAUAUUGACUUUGGGGGGGGGGUGAAUAGUUAAUCACGCUCAAGUUUUCUGUUUUUUUUUGGUCUUAUUUCUUGUUUGUUUCACAAGAAAAAAUAUUUUGCAUCGUCAAAGUGGUAGGCAUGUUGUGUAAAUCAAAUGAUACAAACCCCCCAAAAAUAAAUUGUUAUUCCAGGUUGUAAGGCAACAAAAUAGGAAAAAUGCCAGGGGGGUGAAAACUUUUGCAAUCCAGUGUAUGUGGGAAUUCCUUCAAGACUGUUGGAAAAGCAUUCCAGGUGAAGCUGCUUGAGAGAAUGCCAAGAGUGUGCAAAGCUGUCAUCAAGGCAAAGGGUGGCUAUUUGAAGAAUCUCAAAUAGAAAAUAUAUUUUGAUUUGUUUAACACUUUAUUGGUUACUACGUGAUUCCAUAGUUUUGAUAAUUUCACUACUAUUCUACAAUGUAAAAAUAAAGAAAAACCAUUGAAUGAGUAGGUGUUUCCAAACUUUUGGCUGGUACUGUAUGUAUGUGUGUGUGUGUGUGUGUGUGUGUGUGUGUGUGUGUGUGUGUGUGUGUGUAUGUAUGUAUGUAUGUAUGUAUGUAUGUAUGUAUGUAUGUAUGUAUGUAUUAUGUAUAUAUAUAUAUAUAUAUAUAUAUAUAUAUAUAUAUAUAUAUAUAUAUUGCACACACAGUUGAAGUCGGAAGUUUACAUAGACUUAGGUUGGAGUGAUUAAAACUAGUUUUUCAACAAUUCCACACAUUUCUUGUUAACAAACUAUAGUUUUGGCAAGUCGGUUAGGACAUCUACUUUGUGCAUGACACAAGUAAUUUUUCCAACAAUUGUUUACAGACAGAUUAUUUCACUUAUAAUUCACUGUAUCACAAUUCCAGUAGGUCAGACGUUUACAUACACUAAGUUGACUGUGCAUUUAAACAGCUUGGAAAAUUCAGGAAAAUGAUGUCAUGGCUUUAGAAGAUUCUGAUAGGCUAAUUGACAUAAUUUGAGUAAAUUGGAGGUGUACCUGUGGAUGUAUUUCAAGGCCUACCUUCAAACUCAGUGCCUCUUUGCUUGACAUCAUGGGAAAAUCAAAAGAAAUCAGCCAAGACCUCAGAAAAACAAUUUUAGACCUCCACAAGUCUGGUUCAUCCUUGGGAGCAAUUUCCAAACGCCUGAAGGUACCGCGUUCAUCUGUACAAAUAAUAGUACGCAAGUAUAAACACCAUCGGACCACGCAGCCGUCAUACCGCUCAGGAAGGAGACGCGUUUUGUUUCCUAGAGAUGAACGUACUUUGGUGCGGAAAGUGUGAAGAUGCUGGAGGAAACAGGUACAAAAGUAUCUAUAUCCACAGUAAACGAGUCCUAUAUCGACAUAACCUGAAAGGCCGCUCAGCAAGGAAGAAGCCACUGCACCCAAAACCGCCAUAAAAAAGCCAGACGCCGGUUUGCAACUGCACAUGGGGACAAAGAUCAUACUUUUUGGAGAAAUGUCUUCUGGUCUGAUGAAACAAAAAUGGAACUGUUUGGCCAUAAUGACCAUUGUUAUGUUUGGAGGUAAAAGGGGGUUGCUUGCAAGCCGAAGAACACCAUCCCAACCGUGAAGCACGGGGGUGGCAGCAUCAUGCUGUGGGGGUGCUUUGCUGCAGGAGGGACUGGUGCACUUCACAAAAUAGAUGGCAUCAUGAGGAAGGAAAAUUAUGUGGAUAUAUUGAAGCAACAUCUCAAGACAUCAGUCAGGAAGUUAAAGCUUGACUCAGUUACACCAGCUCUGUCAGGAGGAAUGGGCCAAAAUUCACCGAACUUAUUGUGGGAAUUUUGUGGAAGGCUACAUUUACAUUUACAUUUACGUCAUUUAGCAGACGCUCUUAUCCAGAGCGACUUACAAAUUGGUGCAUUCACCCUAUAGCCAGUGGGAUAACCACUUUACAAUAUGUAUACAGAUGAACGUGGUACCUUCAGGCAUUUGGAAAUUGCUCCCAAGGAUGAACCAGAAUUGUGGAGGUCUACAAUUGUUUUUCUGUGGUCUUGACUGAUUUCUUUUGAUUUUCCCAUGAUGUCAAGCAAAGAGGCACUGAGUUUGAAGGUAGGCCUUGAAAUACAUCCACAGGUACACCUCCAAUUGACUCAAAUUAUGUCAAUUAGCCUAUCAGAAGCUUCUAAAGCCAUGACAUAAUUUUCUGGAAUUUUCCAAGCUGUUUAAAGGCACAGUCAACUUAGUGUAUAUAAACUUCUGACCCACUGGAAUUGUGAUACAGUGAAUUAUAAGUGAAAUAAUCUGUCUGUAAACAAUUGUUGGAAAAAUUACUUGUCAUGCGAAAAGUAGAUGUCCUAACCGACUUGCCAAAACGAUAGUUUGUUAACAAGAAAUUUGUGGAGUGGUUGAAAAGUUUUAAUGACUCCAACCUAAGUGUAUGUAAACUUCCGACUUCAACUGUGUGUGUGUGUGUGUGUGUGUGUGUGUGUGUGUGUGUGUGUGUGUGUGUGUGUACACAGUAUAUCUAGAUCAGGGUCCCAAAGAAGGGAGAGGAACUAGUAUGGCAGAUUAUGACAGCUAACUCAACCAUAAUGCGUGUUCUUGUCUGUGUGAGCCCUUGGCUUUGAGGCAAAACAUUCACUGUCUGUGUCCUGUGGUCUCAGAUUCAGCUGGCGAGGACCACCUGCGUGCGGGAAAACUGAACCUGGUGGACCUGGCAGGCAGUGAGCGGCAGUCGAAGACUGGUGCCACCGGGGAGCGGCUCCGUGAGGCCACCAAGAUCAACCUGUCCCUGUCGGCUCUGGGCAACGUAAUCUCUGCCCUGGUGGAUGGCCGCUCCAAACACAUCCCCUACCGAGACUCCAAGCUGACCCGGCUGCUGCAGGACUCCCUGGGUGGAAACACUCGCACCCUGAUGGUGGCCUGCCUCUCGCCUGCAGACAACAACUAUGAGGAAAGCCUGAGCACCCUGCGCUACGCCAACAGGGCCAAGAGCAUCCAGAACAGGCCCUGCAUCAACGAAGACCCCAAGGAUGCCCUGCUCCGAGAGUAUCAGGAGGAAAUCAAGCAACUACGCGCCCUCAUCUCUGGCCAGCUGGGCAAGGGCAACCUGUCAUGUGAGAACCAUGUUUUUCUCCACACUUUGUCUUACCAUUGAGUGUAAGAGUUUUCACAUAGAACAUCAAACUGCUAGGUUAUUAUGUCUUGUCUAAAAUUGGAUUCCUCUCAAUUGUACCAUUUUAUCAGUGCUUCUGGCUGGUCAGUUGUCUGCAGGGCCCUCUGCUGGUCCAUCAAGGCCACAGUCCAGCAGUACUGAGGAGGAGAAGGAGAAGAUUAAAGAGGUGGGUAGGAUACUCUUCCACAAGGUUAGUUAACUGAGAGGCUGUUGAGCGGGAGGAGUAGAUGUAUUGACCUAUUUGUGACCUUCAGGAGUACGAGGAGAAGCUGGCCAGGCUUCAGGCUGAGUAUAACGCUGAGCAGGAGUCCAAGGCCAAGCUACAGGAGGACAUAGCUGUUCUGCGCUCUUCAUAUGAGACCAAGCUGUCCAGUCUGGAGAAGUCUAGGGCCAGCAGAGGGCACUCUAUUACCACUGCUGGUACCAUUACAACAUCCCUGUCUACAUUAGAAUAACCAACCAAUUCAUUAGCACACAGUUAGACAACCAUAUCCAAGGAUUUUAAUAAUAUAUUUUACUAAGAUGAAUACCUUUUAGCACUCAAGUGUAUAGAUGGUGCUCUAGUACUUUACAUGAUACUAUGCCUUGUUUUCUCAUUGCCUAGAGUCAGAGAUCUCCAUCCUUAUGAAACAAGUUCUUGAGGAGGAAUCCUGCUGUGUCACUGCUGCCCCACAUGAGCUUACUGAUUUGGAACCAGCCCUGGCCAUGGUACACAUGCCUCAAGUUCCCAGUACUUGUCGAUAACAGGUUAUGCAUGCAUUUUGUAGUAAAACACAUCAGAGUGGAGCGGUCCCUUUAAUGAUGUGUGUAACUUCUCUUCUUGUAGGUGAGCCAGACACAGGCAUCUCGCCAGGUGACCAGUGUCCAGACAGGGUCUGAGCGGGAGGAGAAUACAGACUCCCCUCCCAUUGGCACCCCAGGCCCUCUGGACCAAAAGCAUGUCCUCGAGAGGUGUGACCACACACACCCACAAUAUACCCUUUGUGUAACAUCAUGUCCAGUGGUGUGAUAGUGUGGCUUGGUGCCCUGUCCUGUCCCCAGGCUGCAGCAGUUGGAGCAGGAAGUGGUGGGAGGGGAGCAGGCUCGGAACAAGGAGUUGCAGCAGAGACACCGACAGAGGAAGACCCUGGCAGACCAGAGGAAGAAGCAGCUGAUUGAGGCCCUGGCAGAGAACCGUGAGGAGAGUGACAAUGUGAUGCUCAAUGUCUACGACUCCAUCCAGGAGGAGGUCCGUGCUAAGAGUCGGCUCCUAGAGAACACCCAGGCCAAGGUGGGACAUCUUCAUGGAAAAUAAAUGCUAGAUUAAUGAUUUAUCUACUAGCAUGCUUGUUCCUGUACUAGAUUUCUUACACACAUUUUUAUUGUUGAUUCUGAUUGCUGAUUCUGUUAAGAAUACCUUAUGAACUGUGAUAUAGAUAUACGAUUUAAGAGUAAACCUAAGUCUGUAUGGUCAAGUUUUAAGUGGUGUUCUCCUGAUGUGAUUUCACAGCUGAAGGCGGCCAAGCUGGAGAUCCGGGACCUGCAGGCAGAGUUUGAGCUAGAGAGGAACGACUACCUGGCCACCAUCCGCAGGCUGGAGAGGGAGGGCCAGUUGCUGCAGAGCCUGCUGGAGCGCAUGGCCCCUCUGGUCCGCCGUGACUGCAACUACAGCAACCUGGACCGCCUGCGGAAGGAGGCCACCUGGGAUGAAGACGGCGCAACCUGGAGGCUGCCUGAGGUGGUGGUGCAGAAAACAGCCCUGCCAUUAGGUGAGUGUAGGACAGGGAGAAAUUAUGUUUUGAAGAUAAGACUAAUGUUAAAAUGUUUUAGUGGAUGGACUUUUUGUGUAGAUUUUAUAUGUUGAGAUUGCGUGGAUAGUUGUUCCUGUUUAGGUUUCUCAUCCUCUGUCCCUUCUCUCUUUCAGCAGUAGCUCCUUCAGCUCAGAGGCUCUCUAUACGCAGAAGCUCAGCGGCUGACACAGGAGAAUCCUUUCAGGUGUGUACUCACCUUUUUAAAAACUUUCCUGAUGGGAUAUGAGAAGUAAAACAGAAAAUGUCUAUGGUCCUCCAUCGUUGCCUAUGUUUUGUGCAGAACGACGAGGAUCGAUAUAAGGAGAUGUUGAACCGCAGCGACAGCGAGAACUUCGCCAGCAACUACUUCAAGCCUAAGAGAGCCAACCAACUGCUGGGCGGUGAGCCCCUGAAGGGACUGGGUAAGACCUGGAGCUACAGGCCCUUCCCCUGACCCAACAGCCCAGGCUACAGGAGGGAGAUCAGAUCUGCUCACUAAAGAAAUACUGUAUUUACACAAACUGUUAGCCUCUCACAGCCCAGUGCAUUUUCACUGCUCUUACUGUAAAUAUUAUAUAUGGAUAGGGCUUUUUUCUUACUGGAAACUGUAGAGGGCACUCUUAUCUGAAUUCAACUGUGACUGGAGUCACAACUCAAAUCAAAUGUAUUUAUAAAGCCCUUUUUAUAAAGUGCUUAUACAGAAACCCAGCCUAAAACCCCAAACAGCAAGCAAUGCAGAUGUAGAAGCACAACUGUGACUGAAGUGUACUUAAUGUUAACAUAAAAACAGUCAAACUAUGAAUUGAUAUUUAAUAGAGUGUGCAGGACGAAGGGGGAAGUGCCUGAACUGAUAAGAAAAUAAUACAAUUCAAAGAAAAAUUGACAAUUAUAGCACCACAUAUAAUACCAACGUACUGCUUGCUAGUACAAAAUGGUUUUAUGGGUCGAAGUCAGUUACUGGAAACAUUUAAAAAGAUCUAGCCUGCUAUCCACUUAGCUUCAACAGAUCCUUUGCCCUAUAUUUGCUGUUGUCCCACUGAUUACCUCUUCCCCUGCAGCAGUUCACUCAGCACCCCAGGGGAACGGGACGCCUCACCUGACCUCCAGCGGUUCCAACAUCGGCCCCUCACUCAGCACUGAAUCCCUCCUCCCUCGCCCCUUCCGCCUCGAGUCACUGGGGAUCACCCCAUCCAAUGGCAAGGUGAAGAGGAAGAAAAGCAAAACACACAUCCCCUAUGAGGGGAACUGAGAGCGCUGGGCUAGAGGGGCACUCUUCUGUGACCGCUCAAUGUUUACCUGCCACCCUUUUUGACUCCUAGAGACCUCGCUAUUUGUUGACUUGUUUAGGUAGAGUAUUUCAUUCAUCCACUGUGAUUGACCCCGUGGUGGUGGUGCACUAUUGAACUUUUGCUAACCAGCAAUAUAAUGGCACUUUUACAUGGACACUUGGUCUGGCAAUGUGAUGUUCCUGGUGUGUUUGUUUUUUAGCACCUUUUUAAAAUGUAGCAAACAUUAUGCUACUACCUAAUGCCACACACCAUAGUGCUUGCACUGACUCUUAAUGCUGUGAUAUGAUGGUUUAUCCAAACCUGAAUGUACUAUUUAUCACUGUUGUGGUUUUUGCUGCUCAUGUACAUGUACUAACUGUUAAUACAAUAUUU